GUGCUGCUCUUCAUUUUCGUGAAACGCCAGAUCAUGCGCUUCGCCAUGAAGUCUCGCCGCGGCCCACACGUGCCCGUGGGACAGCACGCGCCCAAGGAUCUGAAGGAGGAGAUCGACAUUCGGCUGUCCAGGGUGCAGGACAUCAAGUAUGAACCACAACUGCUGGCUGAGGAUGAUGGGAGGCUGCUGCAGCUGGAGACACAAGGCUGCUAUAACUACCUGUACAGGAUGAAGGCACUGGAUGCAAUCAGGACAUCAGAGAUCCCAUUCCAUGCAGAGGGCAGGUACCCAAAAUCUCUAAUAGGGAAGAACUUCUGUGCCUACCUGCUGGAGCUGAGGAAUUCCAGCACCUCCUUCAAAGGCAUCCGCAAAGCCUUGAUCGACACUUUGCUGGAUGGGUACGAGAGCGCUCGCUACGGCACCGGG